AUGCAGCUUUUAGUUCAACGGGCUGGACCGGAUGCCUUAAUCACAAAAGACAGCCUACGUGUUGAUAUUGAAGCCCAAUUCUAUGUGAAGAUCGAACCCAAUGAACAGGAUGUCCUCAGUGCGGUUGCAAGCCUUGGGGAUAAAACCUUGGAGCCGGAGAAUGUGAAAGCUCUGCUUGAAGGAAAACUGGUUGGGAUACUACGGAGUGUGGCAGCAACAAUGGACCUUCAAGAACUUCAUGAAAAACGUCAAGAUUUUUCAGAUCAGGUUCGGGAAAGCUGCAAAGAUGAUCUUGAACAGAACGGUUUUCAACUCGAAAGUGUUGCAGUGACGAACCUCGAUCAAACCCCUCUCGACCAACUCGAUGCAAACAACCGUUUUGAUGUGGUUGCUAUUCAGACUAUCAAUCAAGAGGUUCAAGAACGGCAAACAAGAACGGAACAAAUUAAGCAUGAAAACAGAGUCAAACAAGAGGAAGAUAAACUGAGAGCAGACUUGGCGAUCAAGCAGCAGGAGGAGGCAACGCAGACAGAGAGCCUAGAGGUCGAAAGGCGACUGGCAUUUGCCCAAGAGAUACAGCGCAAAGAGGUUGAGACGAAUAAAGCGGAACAAGAACGUAUCGUCAAAGAGGCAGAACUUCAGCAACAACAAGCCCUUGAGGAGGCGCGUAUCCGUCAGGAAGAAGUGGUACAAUCUUCGCAGAUCCAGCAGAAACAGCGGAUUGAAACCGCUCGAAUUGAUCAGGAGCGGCAGGUCCAAGAAGCGGAGAUAGAACAGAAAAGGGCUCUGGAGACUGCGCGUGUGUCUCAGGAACAAGAAGUUCAAACUGUUGAAAUUGAGCGAGACCAAUCAAUUGAACAAGCCCGAAUUGAGCAGGAACGCACCGUUGAAGAAGCGCGCGUCCGUCAACAACAGGCAAUCGAGGAAGCCAAUGUUAGAAGGCGAAUCGUGCUUGUUGAGAGAAAUCGAGAAGAAAAAGAGACCCAAGCCGCAAGCGAAAUUCAGAUUGCGGUGAAGGAGAAGGAACUCGAAAUUGCCUCUACAGAUCGGUUGGCUGCAACCGCUGAGCGGACCAAAUCUGAAGCCCAAGUCUUGACGGUGGAAGCGAUUGAGGAGGCCGAGCGUAAUAGCCGAAUCGCGUUAAUCAGAGCCGAACAGGAGGCGGAUGAAGAGCGCAUUUCAAAGGAACGACUGGCAAAUGUCGAAGCCUACGCUGUUAUCGAGGCCGCUAAAGCGGAGCGAGAAGCUGCCACUCUCAGAGCAGAAGCACAGAAGAUGCUCGCUGAAGCACUCUUGGUUGAAGCAAAAGCGAAGGCGGAAGGGGAAGAGGCACUUAUUGAAGCGAAGAACACAGCGGAUCAGCGGAUUCUGAAUAACGAGGCGCUGUUGAAACUGAUCCAAUCCCUGCCCGAAGUCACAGGUCAAUUAGAUGAAACCCGCGGAACAGAUUGA